GCACAAGGACUUUCUCCAAAUCAGAGAUUCCGAAGAAGAGAUUAUCCCCAAAGACAGUAUUAACCAAAACCACUCCUCCCUUGAUCGCCUCCUCGUCCUUCACUCCGAUCUUUCCUCUCUCCUUCGCCAGAUUGAUGAACUUGUUGUGGAAGCUUUCAAGGUUAAGGCAACGGAACAGGGGAGAAAAGAAAUUGAAUCUUUUAUGAAUGUCGUUUCCGAUAUGCUUUCCUCUUUAAAGCCAUGGGUCCCCAGAUUUCAGAAGGCAUUUUCGGGUCCUUCUUCCGGGGAGCACGAAGAUCAGCCUGGAAAAAACUUGGAAGCUGAAAUUGUGCCUUUUGUUGAUGCAAAUGAAAAAGAAUGCUUCGAUGUUCGAAGUCCAGAAGAAACUACGUUGGACUCAUUAAUCUCCCCCUCUCCCCUUGUGUCUUGGCGUGCUGCUGACUGUAAUGUUGAGAAAGGUAGACAGCUGUUUCUGCUCACACCUCUUCCUCUGUCGAAAGCAAUGUCUUCCAAGAGGCGUGAAUCGUCUAAGUCAGGAAUCGAAGGGAUAGCUUCCAAAUCUUAUGUUGAGCUUGCAUCUUUUCUCAACAUUCCUAGGGGUGACAAUGAUGACUUGCUUGAAGGUGUUGAAAUGAAGGGAACUCCAGUUAAGCCUUCUGGUGUUGAAAUGAAGGCAACUCCAGUUAAGCCUUCUGGUUCAGUUGUGGUUGAAACAGAUAAUACAUCGGAGUGUAGGAUCGUUUCUUCACCAGUGUUUUCAAAAAGAGAUCAUUCCGUGCUUGUCACGACGCCAUGCUUAAAAAUGUCGCCUCCUAAAUCUUGUGUGCUGCUCGAACCUAUUCAUGAGUCCUCGAACAGAAGCUGUUUUUUGGUUCGCAAGUCUACUCCAUAUCCUGUUGGAAUUAACAAGAAUGUUUUUUCUGAAUCCUCUGGAAGUGAAGAACCCCCUGAGGAUCUGUCUUUGAAGUAUCCAGAACUACGAGGAAUACAGCAAACAUACUUACCCGAAAUAAGGAAAAAAGAGCUGGAGUCCUCGCCAACGUGGUUAUUCUCACCUCCUAAAAGUUGCAUUUUGUUGGAGCCACCAGAUGAGGAACCCCUGGACAAUGUUGGCACUGAUCACCACUUGCCUACCACUGAUGCUUUAAAUCAACAAGCAGAUGUGGUUUUCUCGAAAGGAAAUGCUUGUCAAGAAACCAAGACAAUUAACCAAGGAAAUACUGUCAUUAGCUUGGCUCCUGUUGAAAGUACUCCAAUGUGGAAGGAACCUCAGAGCACAAUGCGGAGGGGGAAACAUCCAGGUGAGAGUACUCUAAAGAAAGAGCUAUGGACAAAGUUUGAAGCAGUGUCGACAUAUGGGCUUCGUUAUAACACCUCAGCAGUUCAAAGAACAGCUAGAAAGGGUUUUCUUGACAUGCUGGAUGAGGUUUCAUGUGAUGAAGAAAGUUCAAUAUCAGAUGGUUCGAGAUGACACUGCUCUCCGUGUCUGCAAAACUGCAAAAAAGUUUCGAUUUAUAGCCGUUGGUAUUUGCAGAGAUUUUCCGGUAAAUUAGUCCGAAUGUUUUGAUUUUUACCCCACAUGUAUU